CCUGAGGAGAAGCGCGGGUCCCGCAUGAGCCCCGGCGGUGGCGCCAGCGAAAGGGAACGAGGCGGUGGCGGGCGACGGCGGCGGACCAGGGCGACCGGGACCAGAGCCCAGGCGCGGGGGCGAGGACAGGUUAAAAAUCUGUAAGAGCCUGAUUUUAGAAUUCACCAGCUCCUCAGAAGUUUGGCGAAAUAUGAAUUAUUAAGCCUCCGUUCAGAUCACGUUAGCAACUAGACUGGUGUGACAACCUGUUUUUAAUCAGUGACUCAGAGCUGUUACCACCCUGAUGUCCCCGAAUGGCCACAGCUUGUAAAAGAUCACCAGGAGAAUCCCAGUCUGAGGACAUUGAAGCUAACCGAAUGAAGCGAGCAGCUGCAAAGCAUCUAAUAGAACGCUACUACCACCAGUUAACCGAGGGCUGUGGAAAUGAGGCCUGCACGAAUGAGUUUUGUGCUUCCUGUCCAACUUUUCUUCGUAUGGAUAACAAUGCAGCAGCUAUUAAAGCCCUUGAGCUUUAUAAAAUUAAUGCAAAACUCUGUGAUCCUCAUCCCUCCAAGAAAGGAGCAAGCUCAGCUUACCUUGAGAACUCAAAAGGUACACCUAACAACUCAGAGGUAAAACCGAACAAGGACGGAAAAGGAGCUAAACCUGAUUUUAAAGAUGUGAAUUACCUAACUGAAGAGAUAGUAUAUGAAAUUCUGGAAUCGUGUAGAGAGAAUGAUGAUUACUCCCCUUUAAUUCGCGUAAUUGGAAAAAUUUUUUCUAGUGCUGAGGCAUUGGUUAUGAGCUUUCGGAAAGUCAAACAACACACUAAGGAGGAAUUGAAAUCUCUACAAGAAAAGGAUGAAGACAAGGAUGAAGAUGAAAAGGAAAAGGCUGCAUGUUCUGCUGUUGCUGCUGCUGCUGUCGCUGCUGCUGCUGCUAUGGAAGAAGACUCAGAAGCAUCUUCUUCCCGGAUGGGUGAUAGCUCACAGGGAGACAACAAUGCACAGAAAUUAGGUCCUGAUGAAGUGACUGUGGAUGUUGAUGCCAUUAGAAGGGUCUACGCCAGUUUGCUCUCUAAUGAAAAAAUAGAAACUGCCUUUCUCAAUGCAAUUGUAUAUCUGUCACCUAACGUGGAAUGUGACUUGCUGUAUCAUAGUGUGUAUGCCCGAGAUCCUAAUUAUCUCAAUUUGUUCGUUAUUGUAAUGGAGAAUAGAAACCUCCACAGUCCUGAAUAUCUGGAAAUGGCACUGCCAUUAUUUUGCAAAGCUAUGAGUAAGCUACCCCUUGAAGCUCAAGGAAAACUGAUUAGACUUUGGUCUAAAUACAGUGCAGACCAUAUUCGGAGAAUGAUGGAAACAUUUCAGCAACUAAUUACUUACAAAGUCAUAAGCAAUGAAUUUAAUAGCCGAAAUCUAGUGAAUGAUGAUGAUUCCAUUGUUGCUGCUUCAAAGUGUUUGAAAAUGGUCUACUAUGCAAAUGUAGUAGGAGGGGAAGUGGACACAAAUCACAAUGAGGAAGAUGAGGAAGAGCCUGCGCCUGAUGCCAGUGAGUUGACACUGCAGGAGCUUUUGGGAGAGGAUAGAAGAAAUAAGAAAGGUCCUCGAGUGGACCCAAUAGAAACUGAACUUGGUGUUAAAACUCUAGAUUGUCGAAAACCACUUAUCUCCUUUGAAGAAUUCAUUAAUGAACCACUGAAUGAUGUUCUAGAAAUGGAUAAAGAUUAUACCUUUUUCAAAGUUGAAACAGAGAACAAAUUCUCUUUUAUGACAUGUCCCUUUAUAUUGAAUGCUGUCACAAAGAAUUUGGGAUUAUAUUAUGACAAUAGAAUUCGUAUGUACAGUGAACGAAGAAUCACUGUUCUCUACAGUCUGGUUCAAGGACAGCAGUUGAAUCCAUAUUUGAGACUCAAAGUCAGACGUGACCAUAUCAUAGAUGAUGCACUUGUCCGGCUAGAGAUGAUUGCUAUGGAAAAUCCUGCAGACUUGAAGAAGCAGUUAUAUGUGGAAUUUGAAGGAGAACAAGGAGUGGAUGAGGGAGGUGUUUCCAAAGAAUUUUUUCAGUUGGUCGUGGAGGAAAUCUUUAAUCCAGAUAUUGGUAUGUUCACAUAUGAUGAAGCUACAAAAUUGUUUUGGUUUAAUCCAUCUUCCUUUGAAACCGAGGGCCAGUUUACGCUGAUUGGGAUAGUCCUCGGUCUGGCUAUUUAUAAUAAUUGUAUACUGGAUGUCCAUUUUCCAAUGGUUGUCUACAGGAAGCUAAUGGGAAAAAAAGGAACCUUUUGUGACUUGGGAGACUCUCACCCAGUUUUAUAUCAGAGUUUAAAGGACUUAUUGGAAUAUGAAGGGAAUGUGGAAGAUGAUAUGAUGAUCACUUUCCAGAUAUCACAGACAGAUCUUUUCGGUAACCCAAUGAUGUAUGAUCUAAAGGAAAAUGGUGAUAAAAUCCCUAUUACAAAUGAAAACAGGAAGGAAUUUGUCAAUCUUUAUGCAGACUACAUUCUGAAUAAAUCAGUAGAAAAACAGUUCAAGGCUUUUCGCAGAGGUUUCCAUAUGGUGACUAAUGAAUCUCCCUUAAAGUACUUAUUCAGGCCAGAAGAGAUUGAAUUGCUUAUAUGUGGAAGCCGGAAUCUAGAUUUCCAGGCCUUGGAAGAGAGUACAGAGUAUGACGGUGGCUAUACCAGAGAAACUGUUUUGAUUAGGGAGUUCUGGGAAGUUGUUCAUUCAUUUACAAAUGAACAGAAAAGACUCUUCUUGCAGUUUACAACGGGCACAGACAGAGCACCUGUGGGAGGACUGGGAAAAUUGAAGAUGAUUAUAGCCAAAAAUGGCCCAGAUUCAGAACGGUUACCUACAUCUCAUACUUGCUUUAAUGUCCUUUUACUUCCGGAAUAUACAAGCAAAGAAAAACUUAAAGAGAGAUUGUUGAAGGCCAUCACAUAUGCCAAAGGAUUUGGCAUGCUGUAAACAAAACAAAACAAAAAAUGAAAAACGUUACAAAACUUAGUAAAUAUAAUCAGAGGGAUAAUUUGGUGGUGAUAGUGUCCCAGUACAGAAAGGCUGUAAGAUAGUGAACCACAGUAGUCAUCGAUGUCUGUGCCUCCCUUCUUCAUUGGGGACAUUGUGGGCUGGAACAGCAGAUUUCAGCUACAUAUAUGAACAAAUCCUUUAUUAUUAUUAUAAUUAUUUUUUUGCGUGAAAGUGUUACAUAUUCUUUCACUUGUAUGUACAGAGAGGUUUUUCUGAAUAUUUAUUUUAAGGGUGAAAUCACUUUCGCUUGUGUUUAUUACUGCUUGAGGUUGAGCCUUUUUGAGUAUUUAAAAUAUAUAUACCAACGAAACUACUCUCGCAAGGAAAACAUUGCCACCAUUUGUAGACCAUGUGUAAUCUUCAAGUAUGUGGGUUUUUUGUUUUUUUUGUUUUUUUUUUGUUUUUUUUUUUUUUGUUUUUGUCCCUGUAUCUAACUCAAAUCAGGACCUUCUUCUUUCCCCCUGCUCCUAUCAAUUUGCUUUUGAAACUUGAAGUCUUGGAAACAGUGUGGUGCAAGUACUGCUGUUCUAGCCCCCAAAGAGUUUUUCUGUACAACAUGUGAGAAUCAAUAAAGAUGGAAGGGAGAACUUGGAAUGUUUGAACCACAGCCCUCAGAACUUGACUUUAGUAACAGCACAGCAAAUUAAACAACUCAUGCCACAGUGUGUUGUCUUCAUGUGUCUGCAGUGAAUGGUUCCAGUAGCCAGUCCUCUUAAUAUGUGAAAGGACAGGGUCUUUUUUGUUUGUUUUGUUUUUGUUGUUUUAAGUUUACUGGGGAAAGUGCAUUUGGCCAAAUGAUAGGGUAGUCAAGCCUAUUGCAACAAAAUUAGCAAGUUUGUUGUAUAAACAAGCAUGUAAAAGUGCACUUAAAAUGAAUCUUUAUUAUUACCUAGAUUUUAAAUAGACAAUCCAAAGUCUCCCCUUGUGUUGCCAUCAUCUUGUUUAAUCAGCUAUUUUCCAAGGCACUCGAUCAGUGUUGCAGCAUAACAGAAAGGAUGGCUACUGUGCCUUGUGUUCUUUAGUCACACAAUAAGCAGGCCUGCAAAUGAAUGGAACUAUUACUCCUGAGAAUUACAUUGUAUAUCCCCCAAUUUAAAUUUUACUUCAAAAGUGUUAAAUAUUUCAUGUGCUAUAGAAAAGUACAAAUAGGCUCAAAUUACUGGAUAUUUAAUGUAGCUUCCAUUCGUAGUCUUCUGUGUCUGUGAUGUUAAUUUCUCUUGUUGCAUAAUGAAAUAAAAGAAUUAUGUAUUUUUAACUAAGGAGAGACAUACUGGUAUAUCAUUUUACUACAAGCUACAGCUAAUUUGUUGAGCUUGUGCCUUGAUUAUUUUAAAAGUUAGUACAAAAUCAACCUUAUAUUUUAAAAUUAGCAGAGGAAAAUGUAGCUUUCAAAUCAUUGAAAGUGGGGAAAGGAUGUCUUUCAGGAUUUUUUUCAUUGUUGUAGUAAUUGAAACAGAAGUAUUAUUUACUGUAAUGCUAAAUAAAGCAGUGGCUUAAAAAAACAAACUGUACCUUAAUGGGGAAGAAAAAAGAACACAGUGCUUUCCAAUUGUGAUAUUUUAAUGUGGGUUUAUCCUGGGCUAGCCUUUAGAACACUGUUGUGGUAUGUAUGCUACCUUGACAAUAGGACCCCUAAAUGUGACUCUAGUCAUCUUAAAGGGCCUCUCAUCCACUUUGCUUCUUAUGUAUUAUGAAAUUGCUAAGAAGACAAAUUAAGUGGGUACAUUUUAUAAAAUAAAUUUGUGAAGAAAUGUGUGUUCUUCAGUUCUCAAGUUUUAUUAUCACUACAGUAUUGAAGUAGUUGUGAUACUAUACUUGUGUGAAAGUUUCAAGUGAUAAUAUAGAUUAUCAGACAAAUGUAACAUCAAUAUAUUUAAUAGAAAGUGGGAAAAAACCUAAAAGAGUUUUAAGAGGAUAGAAUAAACUCAUUUGCUUCUUAAUUAGUUUUUCUCAGCAUGUUACCAUGUUAUUAUGGCUACCUUUUCCUUAUUGCUUUCUUAGACUGGCAAGAAACAGUAUCUUACGAGUAAAAAAAAAAAAAAUACCUUUUAGUGUUGUCAAAUGUCUCAAAGUUACAGCAUAAAAGCACAGCCUGCAGCAAAACUUUUCUGGAGACUUGGCAGCUGCAGCAAAUUCAUUGAGUGUCUGAUUGUAUAUAUUGUGGUCUAUAGUUAAUUGUGUGAACAAGUCCAGUUACAGUUACCUUAGCUUUAUUUGGAGAUACAUCCCUGUAUAGGAAGGUAUAUGUCAGAAGAAACCUAUAAAUGAGGCUCCGGAGAACACGUUCAUGGUAUCAUGUGGCACAUGCUUAUAACUAGGCAGCAUCACUGUUUCUAUAAGGUGGCUAUGUUGAAACUUAAACCUGACUUCAGGAAUUUUUUCUCAAGAAUUCACAUAACCUAGUGGAGAAAGUGUUUUUCUAGGCUACUCUGUAUCUUUACCCUUCCUCCUCUUCCCAGGACCACCAGCGUAAAAUAGUAAUAAUAGCAACUGUCACUUGUUGCUUCUCUUACCUUUUCUCCUCUUAUUCCAUGUCAGGACUAGAAAACAAUCUUUGGUAUUUGGUGGGAAGGUGUUUAGAUAGAGCCCCCCCCCCCCCUUUUUCUUAUUACAUUCAAAUCAGUAAAUUGACUUUACUAACAGUUACAAGAAGUUUUAGUUACACGUAUGUACUACAUUUCACUUUGUGAAGGCUCUUAAUCCAGUAAUAUUUCACUGAAAGUGUGCUUUGAAUGUACUUUGCAACAAUACUAGUAAUCUCCUAUUUUCCAUAUGGAGAACUCUUGUUUUUAAUCCUUGAUAUCACUGCAGCGUUGGGCUACUACUUCCUGAACAACUCAUUUUUCCAUCCCAACUCAUCUACACUGUGUGUGGAUACUCUUCUGAUUGUACCUAUAAGUACUUGUCUAAACUUUUUGGUCAACCUCAGUAAUUCCCCAAGAUUCUUCUCUAGCAGCUUAUCUUAUCAGACCUCUAUUUCCAAGAUGUCUUCAUGGUAUCUCAAAGUCAGUACAGUACCUAUAAAAACAAAAUUUGUAUUCUUGAAUUUCCUAGCCAUUAUUUUUUGCUUGUGGGGACUGAUGAAAUGGCUUAGUGGGCAAAGUUUUCCACACAAAAUUUGAUGACCUGAAUAGUCUCCCUAGACCCCACAUACACAUGGAAGGAAAGAGGAACUCCAUAGCAGUAUCCUGACCUUUUCACAUGUGCUAUGACUUUUGCUCCCCCCCCUCCAGUUUAUCAGACAUAUAAGAAUAAUACAUUACAUUCAUUAUGUCUCACGUUUAAUGCAGUUACUGACAUCUCUCAUCCCUAAAGUUGUUGCAAGUUGUCAGCCCUUUUCUCUCAAACCUAUUCUGUUCAGUUUUACUUUAUUUCAGGCCCUAAUCCCUUGGUGCAGGUUAUCUUCCCUGACUCUUAAUUCUAAUUCUUUUCAUUCUCCUAAAGCAGUUUUUCUUAUUUAAUGUAAUAACUUCCCUUUGGGAUAAGUCUUGCCUCAUACAGAGGGAUUUCUGUGUAAUUUCCUAGUGCAGACUGUUCACCAACACCCCUCCACAUCCCUACUUAGCAUUGUUACUUAGACUUUGUACAACUCACAUAUUCUUGAAGUUGAAUAUUCAAAGUAUCAUGUUCAUAAAGACUUCUGUUCCCACAGUAUGCCUGCAUACCCACAGUACACAGCCUGGUGGAUCACAUUUACUGGAACAGUUGAGACUUUCAUGAAUUACUACUGUUCUCUUAUGGGUUAGGUUUGAUUUUUGAACUUUUCUAUUUUUCUUUUUAACAUUUUUUUGUCUUGCGUGGAGUCUAAAUAAAAAGUCACAGUGGAAAUUGGCCUGUAAUGAUCUUUCUGUCUUUUAGGCAGUAGGUACAGAAGAGACAGAAGGAUCUAUAGAAAGAUCAGUAGGUGGUUAUGUUGAGACUUAAACCUGUUUUCAGAAAGAAGUGUUUUUCUGAGGCUGCUGUUUGUGAUGUUCAGUCCUUUAGUUGCUUGUUUUAAGACUAUCUUUACCCUCUCUACCCUUCCCAGGACCACCAGAGUACAACAAUACUAAUAACAACUUUCUCUUGCUGCUUCUCUUCUCUCCUUAUACUCUGUUGGUCACCAUAGAACAUAGAUCUAUUCUGGACUCAUCGAAUCAUAUUAGCCUAUGGAAAAGGAAGUCAGAGAGUUAGAAAGCAAGAGUUUUUGUGACUCUACUUUCCACCUUCUGUUGUACUCUAGCAAUCAGUAACCACCUUAUUUAUGCCGUCCCACAAACUUCCCUUUAUUUCAGAACUGAUGGCAGCUGGCACCUUCAGUCAUUAUGCUAUUACUUGUCCCUCAGAUUUUCAAAGAGGAAUCCUCCAGAUGCUGUUCUAUGUAAAUGGGAGUCAUAUUUAACAUUUUCUUAUACUUCGUAAGUCAAAUUCCUAUAAAUUCUGGUGAGAACUUUCAGUGGCUGCUGAGUACCUGUGCACAUGCUCCUUCAUUUCACAAAAUAAGUCAGUCACUGUAACUUGAGAGAUUAUACACCUUACCAAAAGUCCUAUAGCCAGGAAAAAGAAUGACUAAUCUAUGGUCGUCCAUAUGACCACCUAAUAAUUGUCAUCUUCCCCUUGCAAAAAAAAAAAAAAAGGCAUCAAAUUAAGAUUCUUAGGUUGAUAUGCAUGGGACCUAGGGUUAUUAUCCUAAUUAUUUUUCAUUCUUCAGAAAUCUGUAGAAAAUGAUGUGGAAGGUGUAUGAAAAAUAGUACAGAGGGGUUGAGAUUGUCAUUCAAAUGACUCCAGAGUUUAGUUUUGAUCCUGUCAUUCCCUUGACUUGGAUUUUACCCAAUCCUACCUUACUGUGUGGUUUUAAUGAAAAUACCAUACAGAUGCUAGAUAACAUCUUGGAAGACAUCCUGAGAGGAGUUCUCCCAACAGUUGCUUGUUAACUAAAAGAAAACAUCAAGAGAUUGGAAUUGUCUGUAAUAAAGAUUUAUUUUGGAAGAGUUGACCUUAUCUCAUCCACCUUUAAAUGGAAGAGAUUUGCUUUCACUCAGCUUUGUUUGAGAUAAAAUUCACAUAAUAUAAAUUCACCCCUUUAAAAAGUGUAAAAUUUGUGGUUAUAGUAUAUUCACAGAGUUGUGAAGUUGUCCUUACAUAUAAUUCCAGAGCAUUUUCAUCACUGUAAGUUUUCCGUACCCAUUAGGUGUGACCGCCUGUUCUUAACACCCAGCCCCUGGCAACUACUCAUCUACAUAUGCCUAUGAAUUUUUCUGUUUUGGACAUUUCAUGUUAAUGGAGUCAUGAUAUGUGGCCUUUUUUGUCUGUUCCCCAGCCGCCCCUAAAGAUAUGAGUUCAAAGUACAUUCUUGUAGCAUGUAUCGGUACCGUUUUCUUUUGUGGCCGAAUAUUGUCAUUGUGUUGAUAUAAUGUAUUUUUUUGCUUAUCGAUUUGGUUGUGGAUAUUGUAUUGUUUCUGCUUUUUGCAUAUUAUGAAUACUACAACUAUGAACACUUUGUGUACAAGCUAAGUUUUCAUUUCUCUUAUGUCCUGUAAAUAUCUUAUGAUUUUAGUUCUUAAAUUUAGGUCUUUGAUCCAUUUUUGCAUGUGAUGCAUUGUAGGGAUCCAGUUUCAUUCUUUAAUAUGUGAAUAUCAAGUAGAACAAAUAAUUGUUACAUAGACUAAUAAUUAUCUCUUUAUGAAUAGGCUUGACAUCCUUGUGACAAAACAAAUUCCCUGACACACACACACACACAAAUGAGUGUAAAAAUGGACUCCUUGACUUUAAUCUAUUGUUCUAUGUGUUCUUAAGCCAGUACCACAUUGUCUUAAUUGUAACUCUGUAGUAGGUUUUGAAUUUAGGAUGUGUACGUCCACCAAUUUUGUUCUACUUCAAGAUCAUUUUACCUAUUCUGGGUCCCUUGCAUCUCACAUGGAUUUUAGGAUCAAUUUGUUAAUUUCUGCGUAACAAGCACCUGUGAUUUUGAUAGUUUUUGUGUUGAUUCAAUACAUCAGAUUGAAGUAUGUUGGUAUUUUAACAGUAUUAAAUUUUCUAAUCCAUAAACAUGGAGUGUCUCCAUUUAUUUAGGUCUGUAAUUUCUUUCAAUGCUAUUUUAUAGAUUUUAGUGUAUACAUCUUGAAUUUAUUACAUUAAAUGUUUUUCAAAGGUAUUCUUCUUGAUACUAUUACAAGCAGUUGUUUUAUUUUGGAUUAUUCGUUGCUAGCAUCUAGAAAGGAUUGAAUUUUGUGUAUUGACCUUGUAUACUACAGCUAUUCUUAGCUGAUUCUGUUUUUAAUUUUUUUUCUGUAUACAAGAUUGUGCAUUUGUCAAUAGAAAUACUUUUGCUUCCUUUCAAAUCUGUAUUCUUUUUAUUUCAUUUUCCUGCCUAAGUGCUCUGGCUAGCACGUCCAGUAUAAUAAUAAAUAGAAGUGGCAAGAGUGGACAUCUUUUUCUUGUUGCUGAUUUUAUGGGGAAAGUAUUAGGUCUUUCACCAUUAAAUAUGAUGUUAGCUGUGGGUUUUUCAUAGAUACUGCAAGUUGAGGAAAUUUCCAUUUAUUCCUACUUUAUUGAGUGUUUUUUAUCAAAAAUUACUGAAUUUUGUCAAAUGCUUCUGUAUCUAUUAAGGUCAUGUAGUUUUUGUCCUUUAUUCUCUUGAUAUGUUGUAUUACAUUGAUGGAUUUUUUUGUAUAUUGAACAAACCUUGCAUUCCUGGAAUAACCCCACUUGUCUAUGCUACAUAAACCAUUUUCUAUGCUGCUG